AUGGUCACUGGUACGAAUCCCGGAUACCGCUCCGCCACCGAAUACGCUUUUUGCGAAGCACAAGCCGACGCCAUUUCUAAGACAGCCGCCUACCAUCGCAGAGACUACGGCCUUGCAGUCAUCUGGUUCUCCGCUCGUGGGCACACUCAUAUUCGUCCGUCAAUAGCAACACCAUUCCCAUCAAAGACUGACAGAGGGCUUGGGUCCCUCAACAGGCUGCCCCUAGAGCUCUGGUACGAUGUGCUAUUCCGUCUCGAUAUCCGAUCCCUAUUCAAGCUUCGGCAGACAAGCUUAAGAUCGAGAGAGUGGGUAGAUUCCUUGCGCCAGUAUCAGAUGGUUGUGGCACAUGGACUGAACCUCUUCUGCGCUCUGUUGCGAACUCGACUUGCCGACAGCGUCUCUCUGGUCGACUUCUACAAUACAUUGUGCACCAAGGCUUGUGCAUUGUGUGGCGAAUUUUCUGGUUUUGUAUCCAUCUUGACCUGGAAGCGCUGUUGUUUUCGGUGUCUCCAGAGAGCACCUGAACUCCAGAUGCAAACUCUUGCCGCUACCCGGAAGCAACUUCACCUUACCAAGCAUGAGGUAGGUCAGUUGAGGUUCUUCAAGACUCUGCCAGGCAUAUAUUCGAUGAACGAAAUCACGCACAAGUCCCGAAUUGCGGUUAUUUGUGUUCAUCAGGCUGUUUCGCUUGUUAAAAAAAAUGCCCCGGCGCCAUGGAAGCCAGUGGGUUCAUCACGAAGCAACAAGCUGAACUUCAUGGGCGCCGUUGCACUUCCAUACUAUGACAAAGGAACCGGCAGAGUCGAGUACGGACUAUCCUGUGCCGGUUGUCAACUUGCUAUCGAGAAGGAUAUAAUCGGCGCCAGAGGCGAGCAAUGGGCGUUCGAGGCACGAGACAAAGUAUAUUCACGAGAUGGAUUUUUAGAGCACUUUCGAUGGUGUGAACAGGCUCAGCGUUUAUGGAGAUCAAGUAGCGAGGGAGGUCAACGGCCAAGUGAGCUGCCAGAAGCUGCUCGACGAGGGGGCUAUUUUAAUAGAAGAGAAUGA